UAAUUAUAUCGUCGGCAUAGUGCGACGAAUCAGUCAGUCGCGUGAAAGCGAUUAGAACAGGAACGAUUUGAAGUUGUGUACGCGCGCUAAUGACGAGUUGGCGGGGGGAGGGGGGACACAUUAAAUGUGUGUCAAGUUCCUAGAUGGCAGCAUCAGUCGCGCGAUGGCCGCUGAAAAUACAUGACAGUAUUUUUUUAGCACUUUUAUCACCUGAUUUGUAAUUGUGCUUGUUUCUUUUACGAUCUCAGUCCCAGUACGCAUAGUUAAAAAAAAGAAACAAAUCUCAAGAUUUUUCUCUAAAAAUUUCUAAUUUCACUUCCCUUGUUCUCUCACGAAUUUUAAGCCCGUGAAUUAUUUGCAAAUUUUCAAUAUGUCGAAUAAAUGUGAACGAUACUUUUCGAGGGAUUUUAUGACUAGACGAUUGAUACAUUUAUAACCAUAAUAUAUACAUAUCACAACAAUUGUGAUAUGUAUGACUGUGUUGAAAUAAUAAAAAUGCAAUAAAUAGAAUUAAGUGCUUCAUAUUACAUUCUUAUGCGAGUUAAAAUAAUUAAGUUUUGUUCGAGUUAAAAUGUCCAAUUCGGAGGCUGAUGUGGGAUGCAUUAGUGAGGUAACACUCGCGAUUAGUAAAGCAAGAAGUUCUCAGGCAAGUACCAUGAGAGUUCUUGAUAGUCCCGACUCCAAUGGAUCCAGCCACUCGAAUUCAUUUACUGUGCAACGAUUUAAUUAUACUAAUGAUAACAAUACCAACUCCGAUAUUCUUCAGUCACCUCUUACUAGUGAUGACUUGAGAAUUCCUAUUGUUGGUUAUGAGAUCAUGGAAGAAAGAGCUAGAUUUACAGUCUACAAACUUCGAGUUGAAUUGAAAAAUGGUGAUUGCUGGUUUGUGUUCAGGAGAUACACAGACUUUGUUCGAUUACUAGCGCAAUUGAAAAGACAAAAAGUUCCUCUCGCCCAUUUGGCAUUACCAAAAAAGAAAUGGCUUGGUGAUAAUUUUGCUCCAAGUUUUUUAGAAGAAAGAAUAUGUGGCCUUCAGACAUUUGUUAAUGGCAUAUUAAGUAGCCCACUUCUCAUAGGCAUUUCAUGUGUAAGAGAAUUCUUCUGUUUGGAUGAACCUCCUGUCUUAUCUGAUACAGCAGAAGAAUCUAGAGCAAUAUUUGAAGCACUGGAAGAUACAAUAUAUAAUUUGAGACAACAAUUAAGAGAAUGCGAUGCAGCACUUUCAUCUGAAAAGGCUCUGUGUAAUGAAUUCCGGAAAAAGCUUCAUCAGAUAUUAAGUGAAAGACAAACUUGUUCAAAAUGUGGUGCAACCCAAUAAUACUUUUACAAAUUAGGUAAUAUUAGCAAAUAGCAAGACCGAUGCGAAUAACACUUUGUGUAUUCGUAAUAUUAGAUCUGAGUUGAUUUGUACAAAUUUUAAAUCAAUGUUUUAAAAAGUACUAUAUAACAUAGAAAAUAUUUUUUAAGAAUAUAUUUUACAAGUGGGAUUUUUGGAAAUGAUAUUUUAUACAUAGGAUUAUUGUAUUAAUUAUAUAUAUCAG